UCCUCGCCUCGGCUCUGAGUAGACGACCUCCUACCGACUUACUUCACGUCACCCCGCCCGUCUGCUUGCCGUCUCCUCCCCUAAAACCCUUCCUGCGACCAACCCUUUGAGCGACUCUGGGCUUAAAAAAAUAGAGACUGAGAGAGAAAGUGAGAGAGAUAGCGAGAGCGAGCCAAAACACAUACUCCCAACAUCACUUAGACUAUCUUCUCCAGCACAACAAGGGGAGGAGGACGCACAAGUGGAGGCGCGUCCAUGCGUGCCAACCGGCAGACGAACAAGACAUUAAAGCGGGCAAAGGACCACAAAUAAAUUGGAAUAAGACUGAACUCUUUGGAAAAGCGCACAGCUUUGCAAAAAAAACCCCAAACAAACAACACCCCCAAAAAAGACAGUCUAGAUGAGUGAAUGGUAAGAAGAGUCAUGCAUCUCAACGGAGGAGCAGAUAACAGCAAAGGCUCAGUGUCUCUCAGUGUAUUCCUGGUGUCUGUUGCAUUCAUAGUAUGUGCCAUUUGGCUGGUAGCUCUGUGUGGCGUCUGCACCUGGUGCCAACGUAAACUGGGGAAGAGGAAUAAGCCCGGGAUGGAGGCUGCCAGCUCUCCAGAUUCAGUGAGAGGUCGAGGGGAAAAUAAAGCCAUCAACGAUCUAGACAGAGACUUUUGGAAUAACAAUGACAGCAGCAAUGUCCAACAGAGGUGGAGCUCCUACCCACCCAAGGAGUUCCUCUUAAACAUGUCUCCCUAUGCACCCUACGGAGACCCCCGCCUCACGCCCAAUGGGGCUGUGGAUAAGGGUGGGCAGGGUGGUGCUGGACCCUCACCGGGGGCCAGUGACAGCGGGGGUGGUGCUUGCUCUGGGACUGGGGCAGGGCCCAGUCGCAGCGACAGCGUGCGGAGCAUGGUGACGGGGGGCAGCAAGGCCGGGCGCUGGCAGACGGUCCAGAGCCACAUGCAUGCCGGAGGCCUGCGGUUUAGCAACUUUGGGGACGCUUCCCUUUCAUCAGCUUCCACCCUGGAGCACAUCCCGUCCUCAGCUGUGGCGCGCCCUCGGCCCCUGGUCCGGCAGCAGAGCCUCCAACAGCCCCUCACUCACCAGCCUCCUCCGGGUCCCAACGACCCCCCAGUCACCUCGCAGAGUCUGGGCCAGUUGCACACAGGCCCAGGCGGGGGGGGCCACCGUGGGGGCCCGCGGGGGGUCCGGGGGAGUCCGGCUGGAGCCUCCCGGUACAGAGGAACAGGGACAGGCCGAUCAAGGUCAAAUCCAGGCAGCUGGGACCACAUGGUGGAGCAAAUCCGAACCCGAGGUCUGGAUGUUAAGUCGUUCCUAACUCCAGGUAACAAACCAGGCAGCAGCCCCAGAGGUCAGACUCCAGAUGAGACCGGACGCCGCCACGGGCAGGGCCACGAAGCCAACUCUUCUGUUUCUGACUUGGCCAACUCGGUCACCAGUGACAUGCUCAUGCUGUCACCAGGUUCAGAGGAAGAAGAACAUGAGGGUCCAGUGUGUGAAAAGCUGGGUCGUAUUCAGUUCAGUGUUGGAUACAGUUUUCAAGACUCCACCCUCACUGUGAAAAUUCUCAAAGGCCAAGAUUUGCCAGCUAAGGACUUUUCUGGCACCUCUGACCCAUUUGUCAAACUAUACCUGCUGCCAGACAAGAAGCACAAACUGGAGACAAAAGUGAAGAGGAAGAAUCUAAACCCCCACUGGAACGAGACCUUCCUUUUCGAAGGGUUCCCCUAUGAGAAGGUGGUUCAGAGGACCCUGUACCUCCAGGUUCUUGACUACGAUCGCUUCAGCAGGAACGACCCAAUAGGAGAGGUGUCCAUUCCACUCAACAAGCUGGACCUAGCCAACAUGCAGACUUUCUGGAAGGAGCUGAAACCAUGUAGCGAUGGCAGUGGAAGUCGAGGGGAUCUGUUGGUGUCUCUGUGUUACAACCCCACAGCCAACACCAUCACUGUGAGCAUCAUCAAAGCCCGCAACCUCAAAGCCAUGGACAUUGGAGGCACUUCUGACCCCUACGUAAAAGUGUGGUUGAUGCACAAGGACAAGCGUGUGGAGAAGAAGAAGACGGUGGUAAUGAAGCGCUGUCUGAACCCUGUUUUCAACGAGUCCUUCCCCUUUGACGUGCCUGCCCACGUGCUGAGGGAGACCACCAUAAUUAUCACCGUCAUGGACAAGGACAGACUCAGCCGCAAUGAUGUCAUUGGGAAGAUUUAUCUUUCAUGGAAGAGUGGCCCUGCAGAGGUAAAACACUGGAAAGACAUGAUGGGUCAUCCUCGCACUGCCGUGGCCCAGUGGCAUGCUCUUAAGGCCUGAAGGACCCAGCAGCCCACCUGCCUACAUUGUUUCCCCCUCAAGAAUCCCCCCACCCUGCCCCUGCCCUCGGCACAUAUCCCCUACUACCUAAAUGCACUGUUGGGCUUCAGACCAUCUAUCAUCUCUUUGUUCUCAGGCCUCUUUGAUAUUCCUCGCCUUCAGUUCUCAUGACACCUUCCUUAAAUUUCACCCCUGUCAAGAUCUGAUUCCCGCCUGACCCUGUCUCAUCCGUUUGUCUGAACUUAAAAAUGUCUUUGAUGUCAUAUGCUCUCCUUGUUCCAUCUUUCUUUUUCUUCCACCACGUUUCCCUAAUGUUUUACAUCAGAGCAGUACCUCUUAACACCCGUAAUUACAAACUACCAACCAAAAAUGGAUCAAACAGGCAUUCCAACCAUCCGCUGUGGCAGUGUGUUUGUUUGAUUGUUUGCUUGAUUGUUUGAAUCCUUCUGU